UCCUUCUCUCUUUCUCUAUAUGGAGACCGUAAUAGUUUUAUCAUGGGCAAUCCUCUUGUUGAUCUUCUUCUUCUUCUUAAGAGUAGCAUGGGUCACAAUCUCUUGCUACUACCUAAGUCCAUGUCGAAUUCGACUAGCCAUGUCUAAGCAAGGAGUCCAUGGGCCGAAGGCCCGUUUCCUUGUCGGAAACCUCCCCGAGAUCGCCUCCCUCGUCGCCAAGACCACCUCAUCCGACAUGGAGUCUGUCGACCACGACAUAGUCGGCCGUCUCCUCCCCCAUUAUGUCCUCUGGUCGAAAAUAUAUGGCAAGAGAUUCGUGUACUGGUACGGGAGCGAGCCAAGGCUAUGCUUAACCGAUACCGACAUGAUCAAGGAGUUCCUAUCGUCGAAGCACGUGCAGUCAUCGGGGAAAUCCUGGAUGCAGCAGCAAGGAACCAAGAACUUCAUCGGUCAGGGCGUGCUGAUGGCAAAUGGGUCAAAUUGGUUCCACCAGCGUCACGUCGUGGCACCCGCAUUCAUUGGGGAAAAGCUCAAGGGACAUUUGGGAUACAUGGUGGAGUGCACUAAGAAAACGAUAGCGGUUUUGCACGAUACCAUUAAAAGUGGUGCUAAAGAGGUGGAAAUUGGUGAGUACAUGACUCGGCUCACCGGGGACAUAAUCUCUCGAACCGAGUUCGAUACGAGCUACGAGAAGGGGAAGAAGAUAUUCGAGCUUCUCACUCGCAUGCAGAGCUUUACUGCUAAGUCCAGCCGAUACUUAUGGAUCCCUGGCAGCAGGUUCUUUCCGAGUAAGUUCCGGGGAGAGAUAAAGUCACUGAAGAUUGAAGUAGAGAAGCUGUUGAUGGAGAUUAUAGAGAGCAGAAAGGAUGGAGUUGAGAUUGGAAGGAGUUCAAGCUAUGGCAAGGGAUUGCUUGGGAUGCUGCUUGCUGAGGCUCAGAAGAAGAGCGAAGGGUUUAGUUACAGUUUACAGUUGGUUAUGGAUGAAUGCAAGACUUUCUUCUUCGCGGGGCACGAGACGUCGGCGUUGUUGCUGACAUGGACGGUCAUGCUCCUCGCCACGAAUCCUUCGUGGCAGGAGAAGGCGAGGGCGGAGGUGAGGGAGGUGUGUGGGGAUGAGACGCCAAUGCCGGAGCAAAUCUCUAAACUUAAUUGGUUACACAGGAUAAUAAAUGAGUCAUUGCGCCUAUACCCACCGGCAUCUCUCCUCCCUCGCAUGGCAUUUGAAGACAUCAAGCUUGGAGACCUCCACAUCCCUAAGGGACUCUCAAUUUGGAUACCGGUCCUCGCGAUCCACCACGACGAAGAAAUUUGGGGCAAAGACGCCAACGAGUUCAACCCCGAGAGGUUCGCAGCGAAGUCGUUCGCUAUGACUCGCAAUUUCCUCCCCUUUGCUUCCGGCCCUCGCAACUGCGUCGGCCAAGCCUAUGCAAUGAUGGAGGCUAAGAUUGUGCUUGCUAUGUUGCUCACUAACUUCAAGUUUACCAUCUCGAAGAAUUACCGGCACGCCCCGGUUAAUGUGCUCACCUUGAGGCCUAAGUACGGAGUGCCCGUUUACUUAGAGCCCUUUUGCUAAAUCAAUUUUCAAUACUCUUUUUUUUUUUUGUUUGUUAAUUGGGAGAGUUUUGUUAAGCCAAGGCUUUUGAACAAAGGGGAGAGUUUAGGUGUAUCAAUUGAAAUAAAUAUAAGAAAAAGUGUA